CGGCUGUUUUUGCUGUGGAGUAAAAACCAGCACGGUCUCACACACUGGGUUCAGUCAGAGCACGCGGACAGGUGGACGACGUCGCUCUCCUUUACGCACAAGUUUGCCUCUGUCUGCACUUUGACAUCGCUGUGUUUCGAGGGGAGACGGAGAGGGUUUCGGGUUGCCUGGUAGCCAACGCUGGAUUGUUUUCAAACAUUUCCUCAGAGCUCCAGCUCACACACACCUCACACACACCUCGUCGCUUUUGUGAUAUCUUCCUUUACGCACGUUUUUUGAAUGCAUGAUCUGUGCGUUGAGGACAAGCAGGACUGGACACGGUGAAGACUUGUUGCGCGCACCCGGGGAGCGCACCAGUCCAGGAGUCGACACUGUACCGGAGAUGCGUUGAUUUCAGCUUGGAGUCACUGGGAACUGACAGCUUUCUGCUCCUACAUUAUGAGAGUCUGAUCAUACUCAAAGAAAUCGGGGAGAUUAGUUUCCUCCAGUGAGUCAAAUCUGCUUCAGUUUCGUCCACUGCUUUUGGAAAACCAUUCCUUCUUCAAAUGGCAUCUCCGUGCAGCCACGCCAAACUUUCCUCGGCUCAGAUCCGACAGUUUGAGUAAUUCUUCCUGUCCUGGUGUUUUUAAAAUCCGCAUCGACAUGUCUGGAGAUGGAAACGGUGACGGGCUCUGCAGCGACGGAGCUCCAGAGUUCAUCCCGCCCAGAGUGUCCCGUGGCCGGCGGAGUGGAGUCACUCUCCCCGGUGGUAGCGACCAGGACACCAUCAUCCUGGAGUCCGUAAGGGCAGCACCUCGCCGUAGCAGCAUCAUAAAGGAUCCCUCGGUGCAGAAGAUGGGGGGAGGCAGGAAGAAGACGGUGUCCUUCAGUAGCAUCCCCUCCGAGAAGAAGGUGAGCAGUGCAGCAGACUGCCUCGCCUUCAUGCAGGGCGGGUGUGAGCUGAAGAAGAUCCGUCCCAAUUCGAGGGUCUACUGUCGCUUCUUCACGCUGGACUCCGACCUCAGCUGCCUGCGCUGGGAGCCGUCCAAGAAGGACUUAGAUCGGGCGAGGCUCGACGUGUCCGGCAUCCGGGAGGUCCGCACCGGGAAGAGCACGGAGACCUUCCUCCACAACGGACCCAUCACCGAGCAGCUGGCAGAGGAGGCUGCCUUCUCCAUCAUCCAUGGGGACGACUACCAGUCUCUGGAUCUGGUUGCACUGUCUGCGGAUGUGGCGAACAUCUGGGUGACGGGCCUGCGCUACCUGCUGGCUCACCCGUCAGUGAUCGGGGGUGCUGGGGGAGGAGGGGGAGUAGGAGUGCUGGGCGAAGGAGGGUGCGUGGACGGCAGCCUCGGGGGGAGGAUGAGGAGCGAGUGGCUGGCGGCGGAGUUCGCUCAGGUGGAUGAAGAUGGGUACGGCAUCGUGUCGGAGGACGUGGCCGUCGCCACCAUCUGUAAACUCUGCCCUGGGAUCAGGGAGGCUAAGGUGCGUCUGCGCUUUAAGGAGAUCCAGCGCAGUAAGGAGAAGCUGACCUCCCACGUGACCCGCGAGGAGUUUCACGAGGCGUUCUGCGAGCUGUGCACCCGGCCCGACGUCUACUUCCUGUUGGUGCAGCUGUCCAAGGACCGCGAGUGUCUGGACCCUCAGGACCUGCGCCUCUUCCUGGAGACGGAGCAGGGUCUGUCCCUGGCGACCACCGAGGGCUGCUGGGAGCUGCUGAGGCGCUGCGAGCCGUCAGCUCAGGGUCGGGAGCGAGGGCUGCUGGGAUUGGACGGAUUCGCCCGGUACCUGCAGUCCCCGGAGUGCCAGCUGCUGGACCCCGAACACCUGGGGGUCUGUCAGGACAUGAACAUGCCUCUGUCUCACUACUACAUCAGCACCUCGUACCGCUCCUACCUGCUGGACGAUCAGGUCCACGGCAGAGCGGACCUGGGGGGGCUGAUCAAAGCUCUGCAGGCCGGCUGCCGCUGCAUCGAGCUGGGAGUCACCGACGGCCCGGAGGGGGAGCCUCUCCUCGGGGUCGACUAUGGCCCUGACAUCUCCCGCCACCAUCACCACCACCACCACCACCACCAACACCACCAGCACACCCCAGUCACUGUGCGCUCCGCUCUGGAGGUGGUCAACAAGUACGCCUUCCUGUCCUCCCAGUUCCCCCUGCUGCUGUACCUGUGCCAGCGCUGCUCUCCUGGCCAGCAGCGCACCUUAGCUCAGCACCUGAAGAAGGUGUUCAGCUCUCGUCUUUACACCCCAGAGUCUUCUCCUGCCAGCCUGGGGGGCCGAGCCAACACCUUACCCUCCCCCGAGCAGCUGAAGGGACGCAUCCUCAUCGUGGGGAAGAAGCUGCCUCAGGAGCAGGACGGCUCUGACGGCGAGAUAUCCGAGGAGGACGAGGAGAUCGGUGGUGGGGGGCCUCUGGCUGGGCGGAGGAUGACCAUCCCUGGUGAGGAGGAGCUGGGUGUCGUCUUGGUGGUGCCUCCCCCCUCUCAACCCAGGAAGCUGCGCCUCCACAAAAACCUGUCAGAUUUGGUGGCGAUCACUCGUACGGGAAGUCGCAGCUUCUACGCCCAGAGAGCAAGUCACAAACUGCAGCAGUCCCCCCCCAGCAGCCCUUCCUCCCCUGGGACGCCUUCAGCUCCUGAUGCGCCUUGCUGGACGCUGUGCUCCCUGGGUGAGGGGGAGGGCGGGCGGCUGACCACGGAGAGCCCAGAGGACCUGGUGAUGUUCACCAAGCGCACCCUGACCCGGGUACGACCCAGCUCGGUGCGCCUGGACUCCAGCAACCCCAACCCUCAGGGGUACUGGAAGGGAGGGGUCCAGCUCGUGGCCUUGAACCAGCAGACCCCCGGCGCCAUGCUGGACCUCCACAGAGGACGCUUCUCUCAGAACGGAGGGUGUGGGUACGUUCUCCGCCCAGCUGUGAUGAGGGACGAGGUGUCGUACUUCAGCGCUCACACGCAGGGCUGUGUGCCGGGGGUGCCCGCUCAGACUCUGCGGAUUAAGGUGAUCAGUGCCCACAACCUACCGAAGCCUCAGGGCUCAGGGGCUAAAGGCGAGGUCAUUGACCCAUACGUGGUUCUGGAGCUGCACGGCGUCCCAGCAGACUGUGCAGAACAGAGGACCCGCACCGCUGCUCAGAACCAGGACGACCCGCUGUUCGACGAGACCUUCGAGUUUCACGUGAACAUGCCGGAGCUGGCCUUGCUGCGCUUCGUGGUUUUGGACGACGACUACAUCGGGGACGACUUCAUCGGUCAGUACAGCGUGGCCUUCGAGUGCCUUCAGCCCGGAUACCGCAACGUGCCCCUGCUGGGCCUGGCGGGAGACCCCUUACCUCACACUAGCCUGUUCGUGCACGUGGCCGUCACCAACCGCCGAGGAGGGGGGAAGGCUCAGCGGAGAGGGCUGUCUGUGAGGAGGGUCGGGCGGAGAGGGAGGGAGUACGUGACUCUGAGGCACACCGGCAUCAAGGCGGUGGACGAGACCUUCAAACCGGCGGCGGCUCCACUGAAAGAAGCAACCGACCUGCGGGAGGAGGCACAGAGCACCACUGCCGGCCUCAAAGAGCAGUGUGGGCUCCCUACGGUGGCCAAACUGAAGCAGUGCAUCCAGAGCCUGGCCCCACGGCUGCAGGGCCCCGAGGGCAGCAUGGGGGCCUCCAUGGUGUUGAAGGACGGGUACCCGAGUCUGGAGCCCCAGGUCAAUCUCUCUGAGCCGCUGAGGAAACUGCUAACCUCCUACGACACGAUGAUUGCUGCUCAGAAACAGCUGAUUGAAAAUGCAGAUUCUGUUCAGGAGAGGAUCGCCCAGGUGCAGAGAGAAGGCAUGGACUUCCACGAGGAUCUUUCUCGGCUCGGGGAGAAGGAGGGACUGAAGGGCCGCAAGCUGAGCAAAGCUGUGGAGAGUUUCACCUGGAACAUCACUGUCCUCAAGGGUCAGAGCGAUCUGCUGCGGGGAGCAAAGAUGGAUUCCCUGGACGCCCUGAGGCAGCUGGCUCUGGCCUGUGAAGCCUGUGGACUCACCUCCUCCUCCUCUUCCGCCAACUCCUCUUCCUCCACCUUCUCCACAGCCGAGCUGCACUACUCCUCCCACCCGCAGUCCGGCCGGCGAAGCAGCACACACGGCAACGGACGAAUCUGAUGGAAAAAGGGGACUGGAGAGGAGUAUUUACAGAGGAUUACGGAGAUGAAAAAGACUGCAGGAGUGAAAAAGCAGCACAGGAGACAGAGGAUUUCCUCUCAGGCAGAGUGUGUGUCGCUUUAUCCCCUGCAGUGUGUGUCUGAACCAGAGCAGUAUCUCUGUCAAAGCCUUAUGAUGAGGGUCCGGCCAGCAGAGAGGCUUUCCAUGAAUGUCCAAACUCCGCCAUGGAGAACAAAGAGAGACACAGGUUUCUUGAACUUUUCACGCCUCCUGCUUAUUUUUCUGCAGGAAAACCUGUGAUUCAACACUGCAGCUCUGCGGGGUGUCCCUCAUUACAGAGGAAGUGACAGACACCUGAAUGAUUAGUGACAACGGGUGAUUACCGUCCUGUUGCUGUUCAGAGGUAAAAAGCAGAAAGGAGGAGAUGUAGAGCUCCUGAGACUACAUUUUCUCUGCCUCGGCAUUUCAGUUCGUCCCCUGGGAAGGCAGCAAGUGUACCUGUGUGUGUGUGUGCAAGUGUGUUUACAGGGUUGCAGUUGCUAUUAGGGGCUAUAAGAGAUUGAUUGACAGGAUGGGACCCACAAAAAGCACACAGGUAGAGAGUUACUAAUUCAAGUAGCCUAGAUUUUUAGUGCAAAAUGACUUUUUUAAUGUUUUUAUGGUACGCUAACGUUUGUUUUUAGAUGAAGCUAAUGCAAUUGAACUUAUGCAGUAGUUUAUUGAAGAAAAAAAAGCACUUAAGGAGCCAUUUAGUGAAAUUUUAUCAGGGUCAGAGCAGGCAUGCUGCACCAGCUAGUGGGUUUUAUCAGAUAUUCACAAGGUUGAUCAACUAAAAAAAUAAGAAGAUGAUACCGACCUUUAGCAACUAAUUAAGAAAUGAUGAGAGGAGCAACUCAGGUGACGCAGUUUAAAGAGCAAGAAACUCCAUCAGAGGAAGGAAGUCAGGGUGACAUGUACCGUGUAAAAAGCCCCAAACUCAAACUAGAAUCUUUUCCUAAACCUAACUGAGUGGUUUUGUUGCCUUAACCUAAAGAAGUUAACGGUAAAGUUAUUUUACAGAGUACCGGUAUUCAGUGGACUUUUUGCCUUUUAAUUGAUAGAACAGCCAUAAAGAGAAAGGGUUACAGUAACUUGCAGCAAAGGGUGACAAGUCAGAUUUAAAUCCCACGCUGCAGAAAGAAUUAACCCUAUAAAUCUAAAUUUAAGUCUGCUCGAGACACGUUUUGUUGCCUAAAAGUGUAGAAAUUGCUCUGUUUGUGUUGGAAAUGUUACGUUAAGUUUAGUUUUAUAACCCCUUACCACUAAGUUUCUCCUUAAAUACAUAGUAAGUGCAGUUUGGCCCAUCUGAGGUAUUGAAAUGGUAGUGAUAACCGUUGAUAAUGCACAUUUAAUCAGCUGAUAACAUUCAAAAUAAGAUGAUGGCACAUAAAGUAAGUCUUGAUAUCAAUAUGAAACCUUUUCCUUUAGCUGAAUCCUCCCAUACUAAAAAGACGACAGCUGUUCCUCCAAAGCUCAUCGAAAAAAGACAGAAUUAGCUCCCAAUAAAUUUCAGAUAAGAGAUAUGAAACUCAUCUAAAGUACUGACGCAUAUUAAUGAGGCUUAGUUUGAGUUUGGAGAUGUGGAAAGUCAGCCAAACAUUUAUUGAAUUGACUGCAUUUGUAAUUUCUGGACUUGGCAAAAUCAGAGAUCAUGCUGUCUGUUAAAAGGCCUGAAAUAACUCCACAGAUUAGUCGCAAAAUCCCGAUCAGAGGUGCUUAAUUAUAGUGCAACUUUGAGGAUUUUCUGAGCUACAGAGAACCCAAAGACCCCCUUGCAACUUUGAGCACACUUUGCUCAUCCAACUGCUUUGACUACUGUAUUAUUGUGUGGAAUAACCAGCAGCACACACACACACACACACACACACACACACACACACAGGCUCUUGUUGUCUCAUCUGAUUGUUUUGGAGUCUGUCACGGUCACUUGGAGAGGGGACGGCUGAAACAAGAGGAGAAGAGGUGAAGAAGACACACAGUAAUUGAAGAAGUUGUGUGUUGAUAAUAAUUGUAAACGUGUGGAUCACAUAACCUGUGGGCUAAUGGACGCUCACAGUUUGAACAUGUGUGUGUUGUGUGUGUGUGUAGAACAGAUUCCUGCAGCAUUAAUGAAGUACACUGUAUGGAUGUAGCAAUAAUAAUGAGUUACAAGAGAGUCAAUGAAGCUGUUUGUGUACUGACUGAAGGAUGAACACAAUAUAACUAACUUUAUAGGCUCAGUGAUGCGUUUAAGUGUGUAUAAAAAAUGGUGGCUAUUGAUGAUAGUUGUGCUUACAUGUUAGUGAUGGCGUUCCUCUUGGCCUUUUGAGUGUAACUGUGUGUUUUUAAUUAACAAACUCUGCUUUUGUAAUCAGUUUCUUGUGAUGCUGCGUUCGAACCAAACUUGACAAAAGUGAUGCUAAACGACCAGGACCAAGCUAACCAGAGUUUAUUUUCUUCUGAACAAAAUCAGAUCUCUAUAAUGACGGUGAUUUUCAGGCUCUUAAAUAAUCACACAAGGUAUUUUUCCUAAUCUCCCAAAAAGUUAACAUUUUGGAGAUUAAAGGUUUUGAUGUCAUUAAAAAAGAUCAAUGUUGCAGGUGGGCAGAAACCGUUUUCUCUCCCAAAUACUGCAAACCUUUUAAGCCUCUUCAGUGAACUUAUGAAGACAUUUUGAAUGUUUGCUCUGCCCUUUAAGGAAGGCAGGAAGGUGGAGACGAGGCACACAGCUCAUCUUAACAGCAGCUCAGCAGCAUUUUGCAGUGGACAGGAUGUAAUGAGAAACACAGAAGAACGGGCACCAGGUUCACUAACCUCUCUGUGAGUGUUGUGCAGGGUAUAUUCAGAAGUGCAUCCCAUAUGUGUGUACACUUUCUUCCAGCCUUUCAUUAAGCUUCACAUUCCUUUUCUCAAGCGCCUUGGCUCUUUUUUGGUCCAAUAUUCUCAUAUUUGUUAGUGCAUUUGUUGCAAUGCGCUUAAUUGCUAUAAAAACCUGAGACCAUAAAUUGGCAAAUGCUUCAAAAUUGAAAGGUUGAUGUGCCAUUGUGAGCCGUAAUGGUCUAAAUGUUCCAGUCAACGCUGGAAAUAUUUCUUAUAAACAACACUGGGAGUUUUGUUUAAGUCAAUGCCACUAUUCUUUAGGUUUCAUCUUCAACAGUAUGUUAAAUGUUACUGGAAGAGUAGUUUUUCUAGCAAUAUGAGACAUAUUCAUAGAACAAUCUGCCACAGUUAGACAUCCUUGCCAAAAUAACCCUGCAGCAAUGAUGAAACAUGUGAUCAGUUCAGUAAAAACCAACACAUAUUUCCUCCUUACAGUAAGCAUACAAUGUCAAAGAUAUUUAUGGAGUAUAAACCUGACAUAUUUUGACAAUUGAAUAGAUCAUUUUGCAUGUGAAGGCUUUAAACAAUGAGAAAGAGUCUGUCAAUUUUACUGAGAAUCAACUAGUUAAAUUGAAAAAGCAAGCCCAGUGCAAAGGGUUUGACUUUGCACGAGCCAGAAUAAGUGCAAUCUGCUUGAAUUAAUGAGUCAAAUCAUUUUGAAAAAACAAACUAAUUGUUUGGAGAUUUCAACUUUGAGAACAAAUGACUCUCAAAAAUAUAAAUCUCCUUCCAAAAUUGAGCCAAAGCGAUUGAGAAACUCUAUCCUGGUUCAUGCCUCCUCUCUCCUUCAUCCUGCUGCUCCAGCUGAGGCUGCAGGUGGGAGCUGAGGCUCUGAGUCACUCUGAAGCCACAGCAGGAGGCUGACCUAAUAACAUUUUCCAUGUGUGUUGGGUUUUUGUGUGUGUGUAUGUGUCUGAGAGAAGUUUCUAAAAGUAGAUGACUUAUAUAGCAAAGGUUGAUGGAUAGAAAUCAAAGAAGAAGAAGGGGAGGCUGAUAUUCACAUCUGGUAGCAUGUGAGGAUGUCUGGGCUCACCUGCAGAGCAUCAUAAUUGGCUGUGAGCAAUAGACAGACUGACAGCACCUGCUGUUUGGGUCUAUUAAUAACACCCUGACUCACAGGAGGCCUUUGGGAUGUGUGUGUGUGUGUGUGUGUGUGUGUGUGUGUGUGUGUGUGUGUGUGUGUGUGUGUCAUGUUAGCAUGGUGCCCUAUUUCCUGACCUGAUGGUGCAAACUGGUUCUGCCAAAGCGAUUGCCAGGCUAUUUAGCCAUGUUUUCUUUUGAAUGUGCUGAAGCAGAAGCCUCUUUGCUGGAUCUCCACUGCCCCUGAGAGGCAAGUUUAUGACAGCUAUGAUUUUAAUAGCACCUCUCUCAGAGAUCUGCUUACCUGCAGGGAGGAUAUCCUCGCAUAAAUGAUGCAUCAGUAAAACAUACUGCAGUAUUAGCUUUCUGGCUUUCGGUUUAUAUGAUGCAAACACUGGAAAUACAACUGGGUCAGAGAGCAAGCAUGAGCGGAAGAGGGGUCAGGUUUUAAAGUAUAUCUAUGCUAUAGAUUGUGACAUGUAAUAGCAGCUUGUUAGUUCAGUGGAGAGUGACCUUUGCAGGGUGUCAGUAACACCUGAGUCACUCAUUUGUAGCCGGAGGAUCCUGUGAAUCAUACCUGUGUUCUUGCCAUGACCACCUGCUAAAUUCAAAUAAUUGAACACACAUAGCAUGUAUAAGAAAUAGAUAGAAUGUAAUGUCUACCUUCCAUGCAGUGGUUUUAUCAGUUUUUUAGUGCACAUCAUGUCCAGGUUUAUUUUUUUGAAUGUGACAGUGUAGUGAUGCAAAUAAAGGCAAAUAACUUCUUCAGAUUUGCAUAGCCUCGUUGAAAGCUGCCUAACUGACAACAUCUGUCUCACAGGGUGCAUUUUUGCUUAUCAUUUGUUGUCUGGCUCUGAAUUUCUAACUAUAGAAAGUCAAUACAAUACUCUAUUCAGCAGUUUUAGAUUCCCCACAGCAGCAUAUAUUUUAUUCUAAUCCAUCUUCUCUAUUGCAUUAGCUCACAAUACUUCUGUUUGCUCUUAUCAAAAAUAAAACAGUGCAUGAAAUUCACUUUGGCAAGUUUUGGGAAACAGUCAGCAGUAAGGCAAAUCAUACAUGUUACGUUCUGAAGAAGCUUGCAGAAACAGCGGUAUGAUUCUUUAACGGUUGAAAAUAUUGUAUUAGUUGUAAAGGUCUUUUCAUUUCUGCACUCACCUGAUGUUUACCUCUGCAAAAGGCACUGCUAAUCCACUCAUAGUGCUUUACUUUGCGUGCAGUAUAUUGUAUCUUGUUUGUAACCCAAUCCUGCACCCUUCACUUCCCAGAAUAAGCUUAGAAGUGGAACAAUGUGUAGGGAGUGGGGUGCAGUGUAUCUCUGUUAGCCAUUUGUCUUAACCUACAGCUCUCUCUGUGCUUAACAUUCAGCUGAAUAAUUGAAGGAGUUGUUCAUACCUGCCAUAGUGAUGUGGACAAAGUCGUGUAAAACACUCAGACUUGUGUAAAGGUACUUUUAAGUUCUCUGUAACCCGCUGACCUUUAAUCCAGUGUGGUGUCCUGCUCUUACAGUCACUGUAUGUUUUUUGUAAAAUAGAUGAAAAAAAAGACCAAAAGAAGAAAAAUAUUUAUUGACGUGUGUUUUGAAAAACAUAAAUAAAUAUAUAAUUAACUAAAUGAACCUUUCUUUUAUUUUUGAAAAGCUACUGUGUUUUCUAUCUGAUCAAUUAAUCAAAUAUAACAAGAGUACAGUAUGUAUCCGACUAAUAAAGUUAUCUUUUUCUGACCAAA